GGUCUGGCAUUAAUAAACACCUACGAGGCAGCUCUGGGCAAUGGGGAGACAGCAUUGAGUUACUACAGUCGCAUGCAAGCGAGAUACCUGGCGCUUCAACUGGAAGAUGCACAUGCCUUGACAUGGAUUUCAUGGGGAUUCUAUCUAAUACACGGCCUUUGUCGCCGUCUCGUCAUCAAGAAACCAAACAGAUCAAAGACGUGGCAUGACGAAGCCACGUCACCAUUAUGCAAAAAAGACAGCCCUGAUUACUGGUGGUUUCCCUACCCUGUUUCAGUAGUGCCUCAGAAAUCGUUGAAGAGGGAGAUCUUUGCCGCGGAAUGCAACCUUGCGGAGAUCACGGAACAAGUUCUCGAGUUCCUUAUACCGUUAGAGGACGGUGUUGCGCCUCGUCGCAACAUAGAGAGAGCCCUGGAACUCUACAUAAAGAUUGUUAAAUGGAAGUUUUCUGUUCCCGAGCGACUCAAAGUGGAGAAUGCGGUGCUGCCAGCCGGUGUAGUACUUCAUAUGCUCCGGCUAUUCGAAGGUUUAUCCAAGGAAGACUUUGGGCCAUUUGGUCCGGUCAUAACGUCUUACGCGUAUGCAAGCAAUGCCAUAUCGCCGAUAUGGCAUUUCCGAGCCUUGUACACCCUUCGCAAUGAGCACUGGAUGAUUCAAGCUAGUUCAGUCUGCGCUUUCCGUGUAUUAUUGGCCACAGAGUCCAGUCCGAUCCAACUUGAGCCGUUCGUCAAGGCGUGCCAAGCGUUGGCCGAGCUGGGGGAGUCGUUUCCAGUCGCUAAGGACGUCAUACUAUCAAUAGAAUCUGUUGUGAAGAAGUAG